AUGUCUCGACUCGUGAAGAAAUCUCCAUCUGUUUGUAUGGAUCUACCACUGAACAACAGUGAAAUUUCUAACAAGCUUCAUCUGAUGAGGGAACUUCUGAGAUCUUGUUACGGUCCAACAGCUAGACUGAAACAAGUUCAUAAUAACAUUGGAGGGCACGUUGUAACCACCUCUGUCUCCUCAGUUUUACUUCCAGCCCUUUCCUCCUCUCAGCCCUUUAUCAAUCUGAUAAAAACCUCCAUUCUCAACCACGUCUCUCGCUUCAGCGAUUGUGGUUUGUUUGCUGCAAUUUUUUGUUUAUCCCUUAUCGAACAAUCAUCGGCGUCAAGACUUAGAGGAAAUGUUGCUAUCAGAGUGAACAAGCACCUGCUGGCUGUUUGCACCAACUAUCUACAACAAGAUGACUGUGGUUGUAGAGUGAAGCUUGACUUCUGCAGCAGCCAGAACCUGAUCACAUUAGCCCGCAGUAUUAUCUCCAGCAAACCAGCAUGUGUACUUGCAGAGCCAGAGAUGAUCCACGUCAGCAAUAUGACUGUGCGAGCAUUCUUGCUGACUGUUCCCUGUAACACCCCAGGUACAGUCAGUCUUGGCAGAAUAGUUACAGUUACUAUCGAGGGACAGCCUGUGCUAGAAUCUGCAGUCUUUCCAGGCUUACUGGUGGACAUUCCUGAUGACUUUUGCUUUAACAAAGCACACAGUAUCUCUAAUCCACUGCAUGUGGUGCUGUUCAGUAUAUCACUAGCUGGAGACCUUCCUGAACUAGGAGAUGGUAUAACUGAGAUGUAUCCAGGUCUGGACACUGAGUCACAAAUACUGGAUCAGCUUCUGGAAAUUGGAAAACAGGUGGCUAAGGAUGAAGUGAAGUUAUUUGUCUGCCAAAAAGUCAUCCACCCAGUCUUGCAGCAAUACCUAAAAGGUCAAGGCAUCAUAGUGGUGGAGAGACUUGGAAUCACUCUUAUGGAGCCUCUAGCUCAGCUGGCAGGUGCUCUACCUGUGGCCACAUUACAUACCAGGAUCUCACCUACAACCUACGGGAAGGUGAGGGAUGCCGGUUUAAGGCAGUUUGGCUCCAGGAAAAUGCUGCAUUUACAUCCGGUCGGGGAGUCUGCAGUUUGCACAAUGAUCCUCUGCCACAGGAAUGAGACAAUGUUAAACGAGCUGAAAGUGGUGUGCCAGAAGACUGAGCAUCUGUUGAGACUCACCCUAAAAGAACCAUGUGCUUUACUUGGAGGUGGCUGUACUGAGACCCACUUAUCUACUUAUGUUAGACACAAGAGCAAGAAUGAAGUAUCAGAGACUGCAUCAGCAUUAGGGUGUUCGCAGACCGAGUUCCUUCUCGGCGUAAAGAUGUUCUGCCAGUCUCUGGAGUAUGUGGCCAGGUCAUUGGAGCAUGAUGGUGGAACUUCUGCAAUCGAUCUGACCCACGCUCACCACUGGACUGUUUCUUCAGAUGUACUGAAAGAACACUUAGAAGGUAGUUUGGGAUUCUGUGGCUGUGGACUGGUUGGUAGUUGCCCAAGUAACAAGUGGACUUAUCUAAACACUGAAUACACAGAAUUUUCUCCUGCACCCUUGUUUAGAGACACUAAACAGCCAAAAGUGCUGGACUCCUUCGCUGCUAAACUCAGUGCAAUGAAAGUUGCUGUGGAAACGGCUAAUCUUGCACUUGAUGUGAGAUUUGUAAUUCAAGAUAUGAAUUAAAGGAAAAGUGUUUUGUCUAGUGUAAGGUGGGUGUGAUGUUCCAAAUAAAGACUGAUGUUGUUUUAGUUCAUGAUUCAGUUUAUACAGACAGAGGGGGUUCCAGUGGGUGUAAUAAAAGUCCCAUCUUGUUCACUAUUUAUAAAAGUAAUAACAAAAUAUUUAAUCCAAAUUUGGAUAGAAGUCUCUGCAUUUUACCUGUCUCUAUCCUUUAUAGUAGUUCCAACCUGGGGUCCCUGACCCCGCAAAGGAGUCCCCAUAAAGCACUGGGGGUCUGUGAGGCUUUAACUGUAUAAAGCUUGUGUGAUUGUUAAAAUUAAGGCCACGUCCACAGUUUUCCCAAACAAAGUGAAUAAAUGAGGGUCAUCAAAAUCUGCUAUACAGCAAUAUUUUAAAACAUAUAAAGUACCAGUCAAAAAGUUUGGAUUUAAUGGGAAAGUGGGUCUAAACUUUUGACUUGUACUGUAUCUUCAGUUAAAAAUAAAUAAGUUUCUCAGUAGGUUACACAUUGUACACCUAAAUCAGUUUUGAUCUAUGUACUGUGUGGUUUAAUGAGGUCAGUGAGCUGGUGGACCUGUAUUAGUGGAGUACAUGUUUAUCCUGGUAACCUUUUGCACCAUUUGUUUAAUGAAACAUGUCUUAGAAACACCACAGUACAGAUGAUAAGUUGAUAUUUUGGUGUUAUUAAAAGACAAUUUGUGGCCAGAAGCUAACUAAUGAAAGCAUAAAACCAAACAUUUGUUACAGCGUGGGGUGGGGGACCACAGCU